AUGGACAUUUACAACCAGGUCCUGUGGAGAAGACUGACUCUUCUGAGACUGAAGUCAGUGAGGAUGAUUGGAUGGAGACCAGGGAAACUCAGACUGGUUUAAAUAGAAGAAACAACAAACAGCGUCAAAGUGAUAUGGGAUGUAAGACAGAAAAAAAAACGUUUAGUUGCUCUGAGUGUCGUAAAAGAUUUAAACAUAUGGGCAAUCUAAAUAAACAUAUGAGGUUUCAUACAGGAGAGAAACCGUUUAGUUGCCCUGAGCGUGGCAAAAGAUUUACCGAAAGGGACAGUCUAAAUACACACAUGAGGACUCAUACUGGAGAGAAACUAUUUAGUUGCGCUGAGUGUUGUAGGAGAUUUAAACAUUUGGGCAAUCUAAAUAAACAUAUGAGGAUUCAUACAGGAGAGAAACCGUUUAGUUGCCCUGAGUGUGGUAACAGAUUUACCGAAAAGGGCAAUCUAAAUACACAUAUGAGGAUUCAUACAGGAGAUAAACUAUUUAGUUGCGCUGAGUGUGGUAAAAGAUUUAACAUAAGAUCAAAUCUAAAUACACAUAUGAGGACUCAUACAGGAGAGAAACCGUUUAGUUGCGCUGAGUGUGGUAAAAGAUUUAACAAAAGAUCAACUUUAAAUAAACAUAUGAUGUAUCAUACAGGAGAAAAACCGUUUAGUUGCUCUGAGUGUGGUAAAAAAUUUACCGAAAGGGGCAAUCUAAAUACACAUAUGAAGAUUCAUACAGGAGAGGAACUGUUUAGUUGCUCUGAGUGUGGUAAAAGAUUUAAGCGAAGGGGCGAUCUAAAGAGACAUGUGAGGAUUCAUACAAGAGAGAAACAGUCUAGUUCCUCUGAGUGUGGUUAAAGAGUUAAAGGGACUCUCACCUUUGUUGCAUUUUUACACUUUUUUUGGAUAAGGUUAAAUUGGUAUUAAUAAGGUAAUGACACUCUAAAAUGCAAGACAGACCCACCCGGAGUAAAAACAAACAAUUAUUUCACUCUCAUAAUAUUUAGUGAAAACUUCAACCAAUAAAAUUCUUCGGACCGAAGGACCUUAUUGGCCGACAGACCUGUCUGUUUGCUGCAUGGACAUGCAGGUUUUCCCUCUGCUUCUUGUGGCGCAUUCGGGCCCGCGUCAUCAAGGCGCGUCCUCAACUAGAGGGUUUGUUUUGAUUCCAAGGCAGACAGUAGCGAGUAGCGACCGUAGCGACUGACGAUGUUGCAGAGGUCAUGAUUUUUAAAACAAAUAGAAAUAUUGGCUGCUGGACAUCUAAUCCAAAGACAAUAAUAAUAAGAAAAUACUAAUAUGAUGCUGCUUUACCUGCUCAGCGGCAAUCCUCUCCUGCUGAAAUUGCUGAACUCUGAGUAAAUCAUCAUGAGUAAGAACAGCAGGUCCACGUCCCCGGCGACCUCUUGCUCUUCUUCUUGCUCUGCUAGGAACAUCUCUGCUGGUUCCUGGUCUCUCAUCAUCACAUUCCUCUCCACCCUGUGUCACACCACGGCCCCUCCUGCUUCUGCCUCGGCUGCCUCUAGAAGGGCCUGUUCUUUUUCUGGCUGCUGCAGGAGUACCUCCUCUGCUUGUUUCCUCUGCCUCCACAACUUGUUGGCCUGAUGUAUUUGUUUUUUUUUUGUGUUGUGGAAAACCACGGCCCCUGCCUUUCAUUCCCCUGCCAUGGUUUCCUCUGCCUCCACUUUCAGUCCUUGCUUUCUUCCUCCUACUUGAGGUGUCUUCGCCUGGAGAAUCGUCAUCGUCAUCGUCAU